GGAAGGUAAGGAGACGAGUAAGAAGAAGCCAAACGGGACGCACCUGUAGCCGAGGCGCUCUUUUCUUCCUCAGCACCAGUAACAAGCUAGCGCUUUUUUUCUGGGGAAUAUAGAGUUUGUCUGUAACCGCAACAGUUUGAAACGAAUUUCUUUGAAAGUGGUGAAUUACAGAGCAGAACCAUGAGUGUUGAGGCGUACGGACCGAGCUCCCAGACUCUAACGUUCCUGGACACGGAGGAAACCGAGCUACUGGGAGCUGACACCCAGGGCUCCGAGUACGACUUCACCGACUUCACCCUGCCGAGUCAGACCCAGGGUCAGACGCAGAGUCAGCUGGACAGCCAGGUUAAUGGCCCUGACAGGAUGUUACAGAACGGAAAUGAUGCUGUAGUAAAAGCGAGUCAGCUGCUUGCAGAGUUGAAUUUUGAAGAAGAUGAGGAGGAUACCUACUAUACCAAGGAUCUUCCUGCGCAUGCUUGCAGUUAUUGUGGGAUACAUGAUCCUGCCUGUGUUGUCUACUGCAACACCAGUAAGAAAUGGUUUUGUAAUGGUCGUGGAAAUACGUCUGGCAGCCACAUUGUAAAUCAUCUGGUGAGAGCAAAGUCAAAGGAGGUGACACUGCAUAAAGACGGCCCCCUUGGAGAAACUGUGCUGGAAUGCUACAACUGCGGCUGUCGCAACGUCUUCUUGUUGGGUUUCAUUCCUGCCAAAGCUGACUCAGUGGUGGUGUUACUGUGCAGGCAGCCAUGUGCCAGCCAGAGCAGCCUGAAGGACAUCAACUGGGACAGCUCCCAGUGGCAGCCGCUCAUCCAGGACCGCUGCUUCCUUUCCUGGCUCGUCAAAAUCCCCUCAGAGCAGGAGCAGCUCAGGGCCCGGCAGAUUGCCGCCCAGCAGAUCAACAAGCUAGAAGAACUCUGGAAGGAAAAUCCAACCGCAACCUUAGAGGAUCUGGAGAAACCUGGUGUGGAUGAGGAGCCCCAACACGUCCUGCUCCGCUAUGAGGAUGCCUACCAGUACCAGAACAUCUUUGGACCUCUUGUGAAACUGGAGGCUGAUUAUGACAAGAAACUUAAGGAAUCCCAGACUCAGGACAACAUUACUGUGAGAUGGGACUUGGGUCUAAAUAAAAAGAGGAUUGCUUACUUCACCCUUCCCAAGACAGAUUCAGACAUGCGAUUGAUGCAGGGAGAUGAAAUUUGCCUGAGGUACAAAGGAGACUUGGCUCCUCUUUGGAAAGGCAUCGGACACGUCAUCAAAGUACCUGACAACUAUGGUGAUGAGAUUGCCAUAGAGUUGAGGAGCAGCGCUGGAGCGCCAGUGGAAGUCCCACACAACUUUCAAGUCGACUUUGUGUGGAAGUCCACGUCCUUUGACAGGAUGCAGAGUGCCUUGAAGACUUUUGCUGUGGAUGAGACUUCAGUGUCGGGGUACAUCUACCACAAACUGCUGGGGCACGAAGUCGAGGAUGUAGUCAUCAAGUGCCAGCUGCCCAAGCGCUUCACUGCUCAAGGCCUGCCUGACCUCAACCACUCCCAGGUGUAUGCUGUGAAGACAGUGCUACAGCGCCCCCUAAGUCUAAUCCAGGGUCCUCCUGGUACAGGGAAGACUGUAACCUCUGCCACUAUUGUCUACCACUUGGCUAGACAGGGCAAUGGGCCCGUGCUGGUGUGUGCUCCUAGUAACAUUGCAGUUGACCAGCUGACAGAAAAGAUCCACCAGACGGGACUUAAGGUGGUGAGACUGUGCGCCAAGAGCAGGGAGGCUAUUGACUCCCCUGUAUCCUUCCUGGCUCUGCACAACCAGACCCGUAACAUGGACAGUAUGCCAGAGCUUCAGAAGCUCCAGCAGCUGAAGGAUGAGACCGGAGAGCUGUCCUCCUCAGACGAGAAGCGCUACAGAGCUCUGAGACGCACCGCGGAGAGGGAGCUGCUCAUGAAUGCUGACGUGAUCUGUUGUACCUGUGUUGGAGCUGGGGAUCCUCGUCUGGCCAAAAUGCAGUUCCGCUCAAUCCUCAUUGAUGAGAGCACCCAGGCCACUGAACCAGAAUGCAUGGUACCUGUCGUUUUGGGGGCCAAGCAGUUAAUUUUGGUGGGUGAUCACUGCCAGCUGGGUCCUGUGGUGAUGUGCAAGAAGGCAGCAAAGGCAGGUCUUUCCCAGUCUCUGUUUGAACGUCUUGUAGUGUUGGGGAUCCGGCCAAUCCGCUUGCAGGUCCAGUACCGCAUGCAUCCAGCCCUCAGUGCCUUUCCAUCCAACAUCUUCUACGAGGGCUCCUUGCAGAAUGGAGUCACUGCUGCGGACCGUGUGAAAAAAGGUUUUGACUUCCAGUGGCCGCAGCCUGACAAGCCAAUGUUUUUCUAUGUCACCCAAGGCCAAGAGGAGAUUGCUAGUUCUGGAACAUCUUACCUCAACAGAACGGAGGCAGCUAAUGUGGAGAAGAUCACCACAAGGCUGCUGAAGGCUGGAGCAAAGCCUGAUCAGAUUGGGAUCAUCACCCCCUACGAGGGUCAAAGGUCCUAUUUAGUCCAGUACAUGCAGUUCAGUGGAUCCCUCCACACCAAGCUCUACCAGGAGGUGGAGAUAGCCAGUGUCGAUGCCUUCCAAGGCCGAGAGAAAGAUUUCAUCAUUCUGUCCUGUGUCAGGGCCAACGAGCAUCAGGGCAUCGGCUUCCUCAACGACCCCCGACGACUCAAUGUAGCUCUCACAAGAGCCAGGUAUGGUGUAAUCAUUGUGGGGAACCCCAAAGCUCUGUCGAAGCAGCCCCUGUGGAACCACCUGCUUAACUACUACAAGGAGCAGAAGGUCCUGGUUGAAGGUCCCCUCAACAACCUGAGGGAGAGCCUCAUGCAAUUCAGCAAACCCCGCAAACUGGUUAACACUAUUAACCCGGGGGGCCGAUUCAUGAGCACAGCCAUGUAUGAUGCGCGGGAAGCCCUGAUUCCUGGGUCUGUUUAUGACCGCAGCAGCAACGGGCGUACGUCCAACGUGUACUUCCAGACCCAUGACCAGAUAGGUAUGAUUGGCACAAGUCCCAAUUCCUUGACUUCCAUGAACCUCCCAAUCCCUUUCAACCUCGUGAUGCCCCCAAUCCCUCCACCUGGAUACCUGGGACAGGUCAAUGGUCCGGCAGCAGGUCGUGGUGGAGGUAUGAAAGCCAAAGCAGGCAGUGGUGGGGGAGGAGGCGGUGGCGGAACUCGAGGCGGGCGUCAAAAGCAUCGCAGCAACAUGGGUAAUGGAGGUCUGGACCGCGGGCAUAUGAGUGUUAGCCAGGCCAGCCAGGACCUGAGCUCCCAGUUCUUCUCCCAGGGGCCUCUGACGCAGGGCUUCAUUUCCAUGAGCCAGCCGUCACAGAUGAGCCAGCCCGGCCUGUCCCAGCCCGAGCUCUCACAGGACAGUUACCUAGGAGAUGAGUUCAAGUCCCAGAUUGAUGUGGCUUUGUCCCAGGACUCCACCUACCAGGGAGAGCGGGCAUACCAACAUGGUGUGACUGGACUGUCCCAGUACUAGACUCUUGCUAGAAAGGAGCUAGGCCCGCUUUAAGCUUAGUUCACUGGUAUUUUAAUCUGGGUAAUAACAAAAAAGAACAAACAUGGAUACCCGUUUUCCACUGCUACAACCGAAGCACCACUGUGUGAAAGGAACAGGAGAGAGACCGUGAGAAACCAACCAAUCACAAGAGUGAGCGCAAAGAUGGGAGUCGAGCCCAACAGGAAGCGAGCAAGAGCGUGGGAGGCUGGUGAACAAGGCACCGCUGUUCGCGCUCGCACACACGGUGAAGGAGAACGCUGGCGUCAUCACAGCAGCGCGGCAGGAGACGCAAGACCUGCACUAGGUCAAAGGUCGGUGGACGGUUCAUAAAUUCCAGAGGCAGAAAGAGGGCAAACAUGUCAUCUUGUCCUCAUGAGAUCUCCAGACAGUAUGGUUGGGAAUCUUGCUCCAAGCGCUGGGAAAGAUGGAGGAGUCUUGCACGCGCACACACACACACACACAAACGUGUCCUCCAAGUUAAGUGGAUGUCUUCUGUUACUUGGAGAGGAGGAGAAAAUGAUGAAAGACACGACUCUUGAAGUAGUUGAUAACUUAAAAAAACAACAAAAAAACGACCUCAGUGUGAAGUUUGUGCUGUGCUUUUGAUUCCACCUGAGAGAGACGAGUGAAAACGCUGGUUUUGUUCAGUGAAGUCAAAGUGCUCACGGUGGUUUGCCUCCAGCGGUUACCUUAGGAAGCCACUGAUCUUUCACUGUUCUUUCUCAGCUUUGAGUUGGAAAAGUUUCCAGAAUAAAAGCUGUUUUCUUGGAGGUUUUCAGUGAUGUUUCGUAGCAUCGCCGGCUGUCUUUCUCAAGGCGGUCUGCAAAAAACGAG